AUGAUGUUUGACGCCUUCCAGGAGAUCAGCUGGCUCGCCUGCCUCUGCAUCAUCUUUGUGCUGGCCCUCUCCAAGCAAGGAGGUUCCGAUCACUCUGGCGAUACCUUCAUCAUAAUGAGGCAGGCCGAAGGUCAGGACCUGGUCGAUGCUGCCAAUGUCGUCGUCAAUCUGGCCACCAUGCGUCCCGGAGAACACGCAAUCCUGGCGAGAGGCGCUUCUCUCACUACGGUGGGUGGUGACGAGCCCAGCGCAACGGCAGCCGCCUCCCCCUUCACGUUCUCUCCUGACCCAACCCUACCCGUUCCCUCAUGUGCCUCCACUUGCCUGUCCCCUCCCCUGAUCGCCAAGCCUGGACACUGCGAGGAUCCCAACCAUGACGUGAGCAACAGCUGCGUCUGUCUAUCCGCGCCCCACGCCAUCAAGCUCGGUAUCUCAGCUUGCGUCCUCUCAGCUUGCGGGCACGGCAUCACGGUAGCGUCCACGGUCCCGACAGGCCUCGCCUCGUCCCUCGCUUCAGACGUGGCCUCUGCUACACUCUUCUACGACGGCUACUGUCUGGACAUGUUUGGCGGUAAGGCUAUCGUCAGCGCUCUCGAUCAAGAGCGCAAAGCCUCGUCGGCUGCCCACGAAAACAUCACUACUGUCGCGGCGGCCACCGCGGAGACACUGAGCACCUUGCUGGAGGAUACGCAGAGCCCGGCAACCACCCCUGACAGACCCGCGGUUGUGCCGACCAGCGUCGCCACAACGGUCCAAGGAGAGAUCACGCCGACCAUCAUACCGGCAUCACCAUUGCCCUCGAGCGCCCGAUGCAAGUGCGUCAUAUACACUCAGUCAGUGACCUCCAAUGCCCCUUGA